AUGGCGGAAGCGCUCGGCGUCGCAUCCGGCGUUAUCGCUGUUGUCGAUAUGUCGGCUAAAGUGGUUAAUUGGUGCGUACGAUACGCUCAGGAUGUAUCGCAUGCCAAAGAGGACAAGACGAGGCUGGUAGAGGAGGUCACGCGUCUGAACCUAGCGUCAGUAAACGCUCGCAACUUGCUAGAUGGGCCAGGUGGCUCGAAGCUCAAAGCAUCUCACGCCCUCCUUCUGGCAACAGACAAAAGUCGACCUCAGCUUCAACGUAUUGAGAGCCAGCUUGCCGCGGGAACUGGGCAGGGUAAAGGCAGAUUGGAGGCUUUGAGAUGGCCGUUCAAGAGCAAGGAUGUUCAGGUAGCGAUUCGGGACAUUCGCCAAUGUACCGAGGCUAUUUACUCAGCCUUGGAAAUCGAUCAGACGUUGGUGUUUCUAUUGCAGCUUACGAUGGAUCUAACUAAUGAUAACUCGGCCUCACCUCCGGAUCUUCUUGACGAGCAGACCAGAGCUUCCGAUCCGACUAGGGUUCAGCGAGGUUCAAAGUUCCUACCAAGACCUAGUUCUGCACAGGCUGGCGAUCAAUUCAAUUCCAUCAAUUUCGCCCUCGCGUGGCGUUGCGUUGACAGCUUACUCAGCAUUUGGCCCGUGGAGUUGAACCACCGCAUCUGCAAAUUGAAUUGGUGGCGUUGA